UCGCCGGCCGGACGUUGAUUUCAGACGGACCAAAACAUCUCUCAGAAAAGUUGACGUGGAGGUUCCCGUCUACAAUGGCUGAUAUUAAAGUAGAAAUUGCCGCUGAUAACUCAGCUGUAGUCCAGAAUACAAAUGCGUCUUCUCAACCCAAUAACCCGCUGUCAAGGAAGCUCAACAAAAUACUGGAGACGAGGCUUGAUAAUGACAAGGAGAUGCUCGAGGCUCUUAAGGCUCUGUCUGUGUUCUUCACUGAAAACAGUUUGCGCACCAGGAGGAAUCUUCGCGGUGACAUAGAGAGACGAAGCUUGACUAUUAACGAGGAGUUCGCACGAAUAUUUAAAGAAGUAAAAGAGGAGCUUGAAAGUGUUCAUGAGGAUGUCCAGGCCAUGAGCACAUGUUGUGAAGAAAUGACCAACAGAUUAAAGGCUGCAAAGGAGCAAACGCAAGACCUUAUAGUAAAAACCAACAAACUGCAGGGAGAAAAUCACCGCCUGGAGGUGAGAGCUCAGGUUGCUCAGGCUUUCCUUGCCAAGUUCCAGCUAACUCAUGAGGAGAUGGCCACGCUGCGAGGGGCUCGGGAUGCACCCAUUACUGAGGAUUUCUUUAAAGCUCUCAGCCGAGUGAAACACAUCCAUGAGGACGUGAAAAUCCUUUUGCGAACCAACCAGCAAACUGCAGGGUUGGAGAUCAUGGAGCAGAUGGCUGUGUUACAGGAGACAUCAUAUGAGCAGCUCUACCGCUGGGCUCAGAAUGAGUGCAGAGGACUGACCCAGGAGACAUGUGAUAUCAGCCCUGUGCUAACCCAAGCCAUGGAGGCCUUACAGGACCGACCUGUCCUUUACAAGUACACUCUGGAUGAGUUUGGGACUGCACGCAGGUGUGCCGUGGUACGAGGCUUCAUCGACGCCCUCACCCGCGGCGGGCCAGGAGGAACUCCCCGGCCCAUAGAGAUGCAUUCACAUGAUCCUAUGAGGUAUGUUGGGGACAUGCUGGCGUGGCUGCACCAAGCUACUGCCUCAGAGAAAGAGCAUCUAGAAGCUCUGUUGAAACAAGUCACCCUGCAAGGUGUGGAGGAGAACAUGCAGGAGGUGGUUGGACACAUCACAGAAGGAGUCUGCAGGCCACUGAAAGUUCGGAUAGAACAGGUCAUUGUCGCUGAGCCAGGUGCUGUCCUACUUUACAAACUGUCCAACCUGCUUAAGUUUUACCACCACACCAUCAGCUCUAUUAUUGGGACCGGUGUAGCCUCCUUGCUCAUCACCAUAGAGGAAAUGCACGUUCUCAGCAAAAAGAUGUUUUUCAACAGCCUGAGCCUUCAUGCAAGCAGACUCAUGGACAAGGUGGAGCUGCCACCUGCAGAUCUUGGACCUACAGCCUCCCUCACUCAGACGCUGUCCCUCCUCAGGGAGGUGCUGGCCUCCCAUGACUCCUCAGUGGUUCCUCUGGAUGCCCGUCAGGCUGACUUUGCUCAGGUGCUGUCUUGCAUCUUAGAUCCUCUCCUACAGUUGUGCACUGUGUCAGCCAGUAAUCUCGGCACAGCUGACAUGGCUACCUACAUGGUCAACUCACUGUAUGUCAUGAAGACAACGCUGGCUCUCUUUGAGUUCACUGACAAGAGGCUCGAGAUGCUGGAGUUUCAGAUCGAGGCUCACCUUGACACUCUGAUCAACGAGCAGGCAUCCUACGUGCUGACCAGAGCCGGACUGAGUUAUAUCUACAGCUGUGUCCAGCAGCACAGUGCUGAACAGGGUCCUUUGUCCCUCCUCCCCAGCAUGGACAGCUCUUCUGUGAAAGCAGCAAUGGUCCAGUUUGAUCGGUACCUGUCGUCACCAGACACUCUUGUGAUGCCGCAGCUCAACUUCCUGCUCAGUGCAAGCCAUCAAGUGAGUUCCUGUCCCUAAUGAGAAGAGUAGCACUCUCUGUUCAGGGAGAGAAUUGCAUAUAUGCAAUAUUCAGGCUUCGAGUUAAAUGUUUACCACAUUGCAUCGUGUUUCAAUUGGGUAAAGAGCAUAUUCAGAGUGAUAAAAAUAGAACGGGAGCAUUGACCUAAUAAUGUUCAACAUUCAUUAGUUUCCGAGAUGUAAUAUGAUCAUUACUGCAUUCCAAACAAAACACUCAACUAAAUGCACAGUGAGUUUGGAUGAUAAAUUGUUAAAGCCACCAACACAUUGAGAGUGUGGUCAGCUCAGACUGCCUGUAUUUGUCUUACUGAUCAGAAAAUGCACAUGCUUUUAGCUCAAUCCAGCUGCUACAUUGGAGGGCUCUUUCUGUGAGUCACGUUUACUGGGAAGUGCAGCAGGCUUGAGGAGCACUCUGUACCUCAGGUUAAUGUUCCCUAUUAAUGGACAUGGGAGGACUGAUGGGCAGGACGCCAUUAAUUAGCUUCUGGUCCAUUUCUCACUCACACUCAUUCCCUGAAAUCAUUCCUCCUCUUUGUCUUUUUCCUCUCUCUCCCACUAUCUCUCACGUCUGCUUCUCUGCUCACCGAAACACACAAAAACACCCGCCAGCACUCCGAAAAUACUCCUGGAGUGCACAAAUAAUGGGAAUGUACUCUUAGGCUCCCUUUGUUUCAAAUUUCAUAUUAGUGCACUUUGAGUAAGGUGGUAUACACCCUGCUGUAGUUCUGUGUUCUCUGUGGGGCCAAUUAAAAAUAUGGAUCCCAAGAGCCUGAGUGGGAUACAACGGAGGAGCUCCCACUGUGUCUUUGAAUCCUCUCACUGGGCUCCUCUUGUCCAACCAGUACAUCAUCCAUUCAUACUCCACUGCAAAUGAUAGUCACAUUAUAUCUGUCACUUAACUUAGUAUGUUUAGGUUUUUAUGACAGAACAGUAAAAAAACAUCCUUUAAAACUACAAUGAUAAAUAAAAUCAAAAGCAAAACAAGAGUUUUAGUUUAGUGGGUUUUUUUUUUUUUUUUUUUUUAAAUGCUCCAAGUGAACUUAUCAGUCAGUCUCACCUAAAAGUAAACAACAAAGAAGCUGCAGCUGGAAUAAAAUGUGAUUUAAAAAAAAAAAAAAAAAUCCAUUAAUAGUUUGGUUUAUUAAGUGUCGGAAAACAGUGGCUGUCACAGUGUCUUAGAGCACCAAGUGACAUCCUCAGAUGUCGUGUUUUGUACGUUCAACAAACCAAAACCCCAAAUUAUUCAAUUUUCUACAGUGUAAAACCAAGCAAAGCAGCAAAUUCUCACAUUUUAGAUCUUGGAACCAUCAAAUGUGUGGUAUGAUCUAAACAAUUAAUCCCUUUUUAAAAUAGCUGCUGAUUAAUUUUCUUUCAAUUGACUAAUCUGUUAAUUGACUUAUCAUUGCAGCUCCACAAAAAAUCAUCAAAAAUCUGGAUGAAAAACAAAAGAUGUAUCUUGGUUGCAUAAUUACAACAUCUAUAUCUUUGGAUCCAGAAGCCCAUAAAAUUAGAUAAACACUUGACAUGUUUAAGAUGGUUUAAAGAUGGCUUGUUGAUUAGAGUGAAUACAGUUCUAGUUGUCUCAUUUAAAGAGUCUUUGCUAAAGUGGUGUGUGUUGCUGAGGCAGACACCUGAUGCUUGUGCAUUAAUGCUAUAAUAUGUAUCCAUAGAUGGCAGUGUGCACCACAUACUGCCACUCUUUGUUUUUGCUCAGCAGGGGCACACAAUGGUCACUGAACAAAAAAAGUAAUUAGGACAAAUUCUUACUCAUGGCUGAUUUAUUUCAGCCUUUGAACAGUGAGUAAUUAUAAUAUAGCUCUGCUUGCCUGAUUUAGGCUAGAAAUGGUGGAAUUUAAAAAGCCUGUUCACUGCUGUAGCUUUAUUUUUUAAAUAUAUAAAUCUGAAGAGUUUUAUCUGUUUGUGCAGGGAGCAGAUUUUCCGUCAGUCGACAGAACUGGUGUGUAGAGCCUAUGGAGAGGUUUAUACAGCCCUGACCAGCCCAGCUAACAGCUACAAAGAUCCGGAGAACCUGGUGCCCAGAUCCCCUCAGCAGGUUCAGACCUUGUUGUCCUGAGGGACACUUUUGUCCCACCUGGUUGAUCUCAAAAACACCGGGUGAGCCACAGCACUGGACAGCCUGCAGGUUAUUUAAAGAGCUGUGUAAUUUGUACAGUAUAAUAACACAAAUGUAUAUAAAAGUAGUUGUUAAGGUGGGGUUCUUUGUGGGAAAUGUGGGAUGUGGGUCGCUGACCUCAGAGAGACAUGUCUGUAUAUAGAGACUUCUGUGUGCCAGGAGGAGGGAACGUUACAUGUAUAUGAUCCUUAUACUUUCACUGCUGCAGGCAGUUGACUUGUUUUUCUCUCUGUAAAGCACAUACAUCGUCUCCUUUCUGUCUGUUUUCUCACCACGUACCCUGGAUGGGCUCCAUAAUUGUACAAAACAGUGUCUUUUUAUUGGAAAUAUUAAACAUUAUAUAAAACAAAGGGGAUACACUGAAUUAAAGAGGCUUGUCUUAUUUUUCCACACUUAAAAGUGGUCAGGAAAAAUUCAGCCGCAAUGCCAAGAGGAACCUCAGAAGCUUCAGCACAAACGUUAUGUUUAUUUUAAUCUCCACUGUUUUGAGCUGCAGGGAUAAAAUGGAAAAUCUGUCUUACCAUCUCGUUUGGCUUUUCAAACAAUGUCUACCAAGCUGACUAAGAUGUGAAAACAAGACUAUAAUGAGACUGGAUUUAGUCAUUUACCAUAAAUUCUACCUUUAAAUGAAUUUUUGGCCAUUUAAAACCCAUUAUGGUGUGUCAGGAGGGGGGGGAUGUUUUUCUUCACUGUUACCACAGCAUUAAAACUCCAUAGUCAUUUUUAUGGAUCAACACGUGAACUAAACUUUCCCACCAUGCGCACCUAAUACACCUUCUUGUCCUGUAAUGUUUCAUUUUAUGACGACUUUUCCAUAGUUAAUUCUGGUGUUGACUUGGAUACUCCUUUGAAUGAAAGAUAUGCAUAAUGAGGCUUUGGUUUCCCGAAGACAGUCUUCAGCUUUCAUCAACUGAAAUUUACAGAAUCCAAAAAUUAUUAGAAGUGACACUUCAAAUGAACUGCCCCAAAUACCAACACCCAAAAAGAGGCUUUUCAAAAGGACUGAUUUGUCCAUGCUCUCUCUAAAUGCUCAUACAGUGCAGUAGAUCCCAACAGUGUUUUUCAUCUCUCUCAAUAAUAAACUUCACAGCAUUGGACAGCGUGUAAUAUCAUAUCAGUGAAAAUCUGACACCACCUAGCCCAUGUAAUCUUCAAUAAAGCUGGAAGAGUAAAGAUAAA